UCACUGGGAGCUCGUGCUUCGUUUGAUUCCGCCGAGUUGCUUUGCUUGCUGCCGCUGGACAUUUGCUUUCUCUACUUUAUUAGCUGAAUGAAUAUUUUGUGUUUAGCGAACCGUCUUAAGCCAAAUCCAGCUAAAAAGAUGUGCGCCGUUCCUUAGAUUUUGUCCCGAUUUGACGUUUUUUUAGCUUAAGCCAAGGGAAACCAGACAUGGAACUUUGGCUAGUUAUACAUUUACCGAGCACUAUCUUACUAACCCAUUAGUACUGGAGUAACAAAAAACUGUCUUCAUAUUGUUGCUUCGUUGUUCUAAAGCCACAGAUCUAUUGCUGACAUAUUGGGGAUUUUCUGAGUGAUUUCCCCAGUGAACUAUGCGCUUAAUUGCUGUCUAUCUUAGCUGCUUGUUUUGGCUCAACUCUCUUGCUGUAGUCAAAUCUAUGAAUCCAUUUCCCAGUCUGUUCACUGAACUGUUGGCUGUACACUGCUAUCUGCUGUAGCUUCGACCCAUUUAGUGACCGUCUUAACGCAGGAUGCCGGAUGCGUCGCACUGAAGCACACCUCCAUUGAUGGAGGCAGCCGUGCUGCUGCAGCCUGCUGAAAGGGACGUGAUCGUUGUCCCAUAAAUUGAAGGAGCCAAAAGGCACUUGCAUUUUCUGUGCUCGGAUCUCGUCAUGUGAUCCUGAUUUGGGGCCCAGGCAUAGGAUCCCCUCCAUUCCCGUGGCCCGUGCAUCUACAAAUGCACUGUCCGUAUGUUUUGGCACUUUUGCCAAAGAGCUGUUUAUUUCCCUUCUAACGAAUGGGUUUGUUGGAAGAGCAUGAUUGGGAUUUAGAUCCUGCAAACAGAUUGCACAUCCCGAGGCAUCUACAGGUCCAGCUUCUUAAACAGAAUACUUUGGGUCGUCACCAGAAUCUUAAGAAUGAGAUUUCAAGCCCCAUUUCUGUUUUAGAGCCAAAGAGUGGAGAGCUCCACAAGGUACAGUUUCAUGGUGCUUCAGCAAUGCUGCCAGUGACAAAUAUGGAGAAAGCAACAAAAUGGGAGCCUGAGAGCAUAAAAGGAAUGGAAUCACAUGAUGCCUAUCUGAUAGCCAGCCAACUAAAUCUUCUGAAUGAGCAGCAAGACGCGUCUUAUGUGGCUAACCUCCAGAUGGAACUCCGGCAAGCGCAUGAUCGGGUGAGUGAGCUGGAAAGCGAGCGCCGGUCAACUAAGAAGAAACUUGACCACUUGUUCAAGAAACUUGCAGAGGAGAAAGCAGCUUGGCGGAGUAGAGAGCAUGAGAAGGUGCGUGCUGUUCUUGAAGAUAUGAAGGCAAACCUUGAUCAUGAGAAGAAGAACAGGAGGCGGCUGGAGAUGAUUAACAUGAAGCUCGUCAAUGAGUUGAAUGAGACGAAGAUGUCAGCAAACCAGCUCUUGCAAGAAUAUGAGGAGGAGAGAAAGACACGUGAGCUCACCGAGGAGGUCUGCAACGAGCUAGCAAGGGAGGUAGAGGAAGACAAAGCCGAGAUCGAGGCCUUGAAACAUGAUGCUCUGAAGCUGCGGGAGGAGGUGGAUGAGGAGCGGAAGAUGCUACAGAUGGCUGAGGUGUGGCGUGAAGAACGGGUGCAGAUGAAGCUUGUUGAUGCAAAACUCACUUUGGACUCCAAAUACACACAAUUGAGCAAAUUGCAACAGGAUGUUGAGGCUUUUAUUGCUGCGUGCAGCAGUGCUAAAGGAGACAUCAUGGUAGUGGAAGAAGCGGAGAACAUAAUACAGGCGAUCAAGUCAGUCAGAGCGCAGGACAUUGAAUUCAGGUAUGAGCCACCAGCAGCUUCCGAAGAUAUAUUUUCGAUUUUUGAAGAGCUGCGUCCAAGUGAAGAGCCUGUUAUCAAGGAGAUCGAGCAGUGCUACAAAAACAGCUCCACCAUAUGUGAAUCAGAAAUCCAAGAAGCUAGUCCAAUGACAGAUAUAUUCCUAGAAAAGCCAACCAAGGUGUACCCAAAUAAAAAGCCUCAUGAUCGGAGUGAAAAUGAAGAUGCCAGCAGCUGGGAAACAAUAAGCCAUGAAGAAAUGCAGGGUUCAAGUGGUUCACCCGACGGAAGUGAGUCAUCGGUGAACAAGAUCUUUGACGGGAGCAUUUCCUGGACGAGUAGAAACGAUUUUGAGUAUGGGGAGAUUGAGAAACUAAAGGAUGAUUUGGCUGAUGCAUACCUGACAAACAUGACCCAACCCAAGAAGAAAGAAUCAGCUAUAUCAAAGCUCUGGAAGUCAUCUCGCUCAAAGAACAAUGAAGUCUGCAAGAAAGAUGCUACGGAGUCGGUAAAUGGGAGAUCAUCAAAUGUACGGCUAUCGGUUGGGACCCAUUCGACCAUCGAAAGUGGCGUUCAAGAAAUAGGCCUCAGUCCGCCAAGCGUAGGCCAGUGGAGCUCACCGGACUCGAUGAACAUUCAAUUCAACCGGGGCUUCAGGGGCUGCAUGGAGUACCCGCGGACGUCCCAGAAGCACAGCCUGAAGGAGAAGCUCAUGGAAGCACGGAUGGUGAGCCAGAAGGUCCAGCUCCGGCAAGUGCUCAAGCAGAAGAUCUAGAACUGCCAGAACUACAAGGUGAAACAUUGUAAGCCUAGAAUUUAAUCCAAGAAAUAAACUCAGGAGUACUUGCUUCCUUUUUUUCUCCUUGUCUUAGGGUCACUUGUAACUUGUAAGUUGUAAUUUACGUAUUACAGAACUGGAAAAGAUCGAGUCGGUCUUUGUGGGCCGGCUGUAGCCCUGCUGCUGCUUCUGCAUCUUACCGUAGCAAUGGAGAUAUGGUUUCCAAUUUGAUAGGCUACGGUGAGAUGCAGCAUGAUGUAUAAUAUAGACAUAAACAAGCAGCAAUGUUCAGACAAAUUGCACGUCCGGGAUUCGAUGU